AUGAAAACCGACAACCUCUACGACUUGGAAACGGCAUCACUCCGACAAGGGGCCGAGGCGAAGAUCUUCGACUGUUUGUACCUCGGCAGACCGGCGGUGAUCAAGGAGAGGCUAGAGAAAAAAUUCCGGCAUCCAAUUCUCGAUCAACGUCUUCGAUCACAACGGUUUCGCGCUGAACUACGCGGUCUGCGCAAAGCAGCCGAGAUCGGCGUCAACAGCCCAGCCGUCUACUUUGUCGAUCGGGAUGCGUUCGGUGUCAUCAUACAGCGAAUACCAGGGCCCUCAUCGAAUGAAUGGGUUGAGGAAAGGCGACGAAAAGACGCAGAAAACUUCUUGAAAAUAACAUCACAAUUCGCCAAGGAUCUAGGAACGGAUAUUGCGAAGAUGCAUCAUGCUGGAUUGAUUCACGGAGAUCUAACAACGUCAAAUGUGCUUCUAAAAGACGGCGAUGCUUCACAAAUAUAUUUCAUCGAUUUCGGGCUAUCUUCAUUAGGAAAAGUGAGCCCCGAAGACAAGGCUGUUGACCUGUACGUGCUCGAGCGGGCCAUCCAGGCGUCCCAUAUAAAUUGCGACCACCUGAUGCAGUUGAUCAUCGAGGGAUACAAGAAAUUUGACGCGAAGCAAGGAGAAGCUGUUUACAAGAAGUUGGAAGAGGUUCGCCUACGCGGCCGGAAGCGUGAUAUGGCCGGC